AUGCAGCUGCUCCUAGUCUCCGUCUGCCUGGUCAUCUGCAGCUCUGCACUUAUUGCAGCCACAGAUCCCCACUAUGUGAUCAUUGUUCCCAAGAAGAUGGAGGAGGGAUCUCAGGAGAAAGUCUGCGUCACCCUCGAAGAUCUAGAUGGUGAGCUUCACUUAAAACUAGAGCUGCAGAAAGAUGAUCACGUCCAAAAUAUAGCUGAGCAAGAUGUAAAAACAACGGACUUUAGCCACUGUUACUCUUUCCAGGUUCCUUCCGUGGAGCAUGAUGCCACAGACUGGUCAUUCCAUGUCUCUGGGCAAGGAGAGCACCUUAAAUUUGACGCGACCAGGAAGGUUAUUAUACACAAGAAAGUUUAUUCUUGUGUCAUCCAAACAGACAAAACUACAUACAAGCCCGGUGAUAUAGUGAGGUUUCGACUGCUGUCAAUUGACCAUAAUUACCAAAUUUCAAACGAGAAGUAUGAAAAAAUCUUGGUACAGGAUACAGAAGGAAACUUCAUUGGACAGUGGUUGGAUGUGACUCCUGAUCAUGGGAUUGUGGAUUUGAAAUAUCAUUUGGCAAAAGAACUAAAACUUGGAGAGUACAAACUGAGUGUACCUAGUAAAUGCUCUGAAAUCUUUACUGUGGCUGAAUAUGUUUUGAAGAGGUUUGAGGUACACAUCAAUUUGCCACCCAUUGUGGCUUCUGAAGCUAAAUCCUUUCAUCUGGGAGUUUGUGGCAGUUACACCUACGGAAAGCCGGUACAAGGUAACCUAGACAUUCAAAUCUGCAAUUCACGUCAUGCUUUGUAUUCUUCAUAUCGUCAAAGCAGCGAUGAUGAUGAUGACGAUGAACACGAAUCAGGAAAAUGCAUCAAAAUAACACACGCUAAGACUGACAGUGAUGGGUGUGUGUCCAAGGAGAUCGACCUACAUGCUUUCAACUUCACAGAUAAAGAUAAAAACCAGCAUUUAUACAUUGCAUCUUCACUGACAGAAGAUGGUACAGGCCACAUGGAGAAAGCAUCAGCUGACCUUUACCUUAGUAACCGUCACAAAGUUGAAUUUGUGAAUACUGGAAUGUUAUACCAAAUCGGAGUUCCAUUCACUGGCAAGAUUAAAGUAACUAAUGAGGAGAAACAGCCCAUGGCUAAUGCGACUGUGGUGAUAGCAAUGACUAAAGGAUUUUUUGAGAUGGGUGUAACUUUGGCAACGCAAGAGACCAACAAAGAUGGAGUGGCUCAUUUUGCACUUAACACUGACUCGUGGACUGAUAGCAUAGUAUUAACUGCAGGAUUGCAAUCUGAAGACGGAGAACCUGAUAUGGGCAUGGGACGCUUCGAAGAUUCACCUAAUAUGUUAUUUGUUCAUCCAUACUACUCUGAAAGCAAAAGCUUGCUCAGUGUGGAAACUAUAAAAGACACCCUGCCAUGUGACUCUGAUUUUUCAGUGAAAGUGGAUUAUCACAUCACUAAGGAUCAGCUGGAUAGUAAAACAGACCACAUCUCAUUCUUCUACUUUACAUUCAAUGAAGAUAAAGUUUAUUCCCAUCAAGAAUAUAAACUAGAUAUCACGGAGCAAUCAAGCGGUUCAGAUCUCCAUGGAUCUUUCCCCAUAAAGGUUCAUCUAGAUGCCGAAUUGUCCCCCGAAUUUUUCAUUGUUGCCUAUGCUAUUCUGCCAAAAGGAGAAACUCUCGGUGGCAUCAAUAUUUUCCAAACGUCAGUGUGCUUUGGAAACAAGGUUCAGCUCAAGUUCUCUGAUAAACAAGUCCAUCCUGGAGGGAAGGUGAAUCUGGAGGUUUCUGCAGAGGCAGGGUCACUGUGCAGCGUCCGAUCUGUGGAUAAAGGAUACUUACUUCAAUAUCCAAGUGAUGAUACUUCUUUUGCAACUAAAGUUCAACAGAGUAUAUCAAGAUCCUUUGGAUAUGCAAGAGAAUAUCGGGAAGAAGAAAGACACCAAUGCCCAGAAAAUCAGACAGUGGUCCGUAGUUGGCAUCCUACGUUUGAUACAUUAUUCUUGUUUGAGACAAGCGGUCUCAUUUUAAUCACCAACACUCAUGUCAGGAAGCCAACAGAAUGUGUCCAAGAUGGGGUCAGCGCUCGUUCUUCAACACUAAAGAAAAAAGGUGAGAGCAAAGAUACUUCCAUGUCUUUUACUUCAACCAAAGAAGAGAUCAGACAGCGCUUUGCAAGGAGCUCCUUCCCAGACACCUGGCUGUAUGAUUUAGUUUUGGUGGGCCCAGAUGGCCACACUGUGCUAAACCUGACAACACCAGACAGUAUCACCAAAUGGGAGACGGACGCUGUGUGCUUGGGGAAAUCCAGUAUUGGGGAGAUAAGAAAUGUUGGACUUGUCACCUUCCAGCCUUAUUUCAUUGACUUAAUUAUACCUUACUCUGUGGUACAAGGAGAGAAAUUUAAAAUUGACGCCCAGAUCUUCAGCUAUGAGAAGAAAUGUAUUUUGGUGGCAGUGUCCCUCUCUGAUAUCGAUGGUAUCCAUACAGUCCAAAGCAAAGAUCAAGCCCGAUGUGUCUGUAAUGGUCAUGUCAGCCAUUUCAGCUGGGAUGCCACAGCUUCCAAACUAGACAAAAUCAAGAUUCAUGUAGAUAGUGGAUCUCUUGAGGUUGAAGGGGACUGCAAAGAAGACCCUUUUCUGAUAACAAGGGAGCAUAGAGAGGACUCUGUUGAGAAGACCAUAGUGGUGAAGGCCAGGGGAUAUGAAGAGCAAACCACGGAGACACAUCUUGUAUGCCCGGCAGAUACCAUCAAAAAAGUAGCAUUUACCUUAAAUACUCCAGACCAGCUGGUCCCAGGAACUGAACGUGCCCACAUCAUUGUUAUAGGUGACAUCAUGGGCCACAUCGUUGUUAAUUUGGAGAAUAUACUUCCUUUACCAGAUGGAUGUGGGGAGCAGAGCGUGUCAAAGCUUUCUAGAUAUUGCUCUUCCCUAGUAUAUUUGCAGAGUUCCAAUGAACUCAAACCUGAAACCAAAGAAAAGUUUUUGGAGCACAUGGUGAAAGGUUACCAAAAACAACUAACAUUUAGAAAUGACAAUGGCAGUUUUGCUGCCUUUUCUGGUGCUCCUUCUAAUCUAUGGAUCACAGCCUUGGUAAUUAGGGCUCUUAGUUGUGCCCAGCAGUUUAUCCACGUAGACGAGAAGAUCAUUCAGGAAGCUAUCCACUGGCUGGAUACUACACAGUUGCCCAAUGGAUGUUUUAAAACUGCUGAGUCCUACUUUGACCAUGAACUUGAUGGUGAUGAUGAUGAGCUUGCACGAACUGCAUUUAUUCUCAUCUCUCUGCUGGAACAUCAGAUUGUCUACAAUGGAAGUAUUGUGGAGCAUGCUAAAUCCUGCAUAAAUAAAGGAGCAGAAAACGCUAAAACAUCACAUACGUUAGCUCUCCUGGCAUAUGCUUUUACCUUGUUAGGAGACAGUGAGCACAGAGCGCUUAUGCUCAAACGCCUGGAUGACCAUGCUGAGAUAAAAAGUGGAUCCAAGCACUGGCUAGGUACUAGCUAUCGUCACGGAGAGGUUGAAAUAUCGUCAUACGUCAUAAUGGCUCUACUUUCUGACAAGAUAAUGACCCACAAAGAUCUUCAAGAAAGUGCUUAUGCUGUCCGUUGGCUUGCAUCAGAACAAAACGCAUGGGGUGGCUUCUCCUCUUCUCAGGACACUACAUUAGCUCUUCAAGCUCUUGCUAAAUAUGCCAAGACCACAAACUUCAAAAAGGGAGACUCAGAAGUUACUGUUGAAGAUGAUUCUGGAUUUCACAAAGACAUUCAUGUAGACCAGCAUAACAGCCUCCUUGUCCAAAUGGUGGAUCUUCCUAAAGUCCCUGGAACUUACACAGCCUCUAUCACAGGAGAUGGCUGUGUCUACAUACAAUCACAUAUACAUUACAACAGUCUUCCUGAUGAGCAUGAUGUCCACUUUGCUCUUAAUGUAACUACCGAUUCAGCUGUCUGCAGCGGGGACUCACAGAAAAACUUUGAGGUCCAUGUAGAUGCCAGGUACAUAGGAAAACGAUCUAAAACGAACAUGGCUGUGAUUAAAGCAGAACUUUUAUCAGGAUUUGAAGUAGAUAGUAAGAGCAUUAGGAAGCUGGAGAAGCAUCGUAAUGUGGAAAAAGUAGAAACCUCACCUGGAGAGAUUGACAUUUACUUGAAUGAGCUCGAUCAUGAAAACAAACAAUUUGUUUUUACUGUCAGACAAGAAACUGUUGUGGAGAACCUGCAGCCUGCCAAUGUUUUAGUGUAUGAUUAUUAUAUUCCAGUGGUUAACGCUCACGCUCAGUAUAAUACCCCUUGCGUUGUGGCUCACUGUAAAGUGCAUGCCUCCGAGAGGAUGGAUUGUGGUAGACCACUGAUCACCAAGGAACAGUGUGAGGAGAGAGGUUGUUGCUUUGACACCAGCGUUGUGGAUGCCAAAUGGUGCUUUUUCCAUG